GUCUAUUCAGUCUAACCAAUAAAAAACAACCACGAUCCAAGAAACUUUUGUGUUGGUGUCAAGAGGUUUUUAAUGUCGGUUAAAAUAUUAUUUUCACACCUGUAGUUAUAUUGCAUAUUAGAAUAUCAGUAGAGGGUUUACCGGGGUAGGGGCGUACCGAGAUAAUUAAUCACAAUGCUGAACGUUUUAGUUCUCACAUUAUUGGUUGGUUCAUCUUUGGCUCUUUAUACCUCACGAGGAAAUGUUAUUGAACUAACACCUGCUAAUUUUGAUAAUUUAGUAAUAAAAGGGGAUGAAGUAUGGAUAGUUGAAUUCUUUGCCCCAUGGUGUGGACAUUGUCAAAAUCUUGUCCCAGAUUACACCAAAGCAGCAAAUGCUUUAAAGGGAGUAGUAAAAGUGGGAGCAGUUAAUGCCGAUGAAAAUAAAGAAUUGGGUGGUAGAUAUGGUGUUCGAAGUUUUCCAACAAUAAAAAUUUUUGGAGGGAACAAAAACAAGCCAGAAGAUUAUCAGGGAGCUAGAACAGCUGAAGGAAUUGUGAAUGCUGCAUUGUCAGCAGUCAAAGCCAAAGUGAAGAACUCGUUAGGUUUAGGAAGUAGUUCUGGAAGUUCCUCGGAUAAGGGAAGUGAUGAUGUUAUUGAAUUGACUGAUAGUAACUUUGAUAAACUUGUUCUACAAUCUGAUGAUUUGUGGCUAGUUGAAUUUUUUGCACCUUGGUGUGGCCACUGCAAAAAUCUUGCUCCUCAUUGGGCCAAAGCAGCUGCUGAACUGAAAGGCAAAGUAAAACUUGGUGCUCUGGAUGCUACUGUAAAUACUGUGAAAUCUAGUCAAUAUGGUAUCCAAGGAUAUCCUACUAUUAAAUUCUUUGCACCUGGGUCUAAGUCAUCUUCUUCUGCUGAAGAUUAUGAUGGAGGUCGUACUUCCAGUGACAUUGUAAAUUGGGCACUGGAGAAACUUGUCGAAAGUGUACCUGCACCUGAGAUAGUUCAAGUUGUUUCUUCAGAUAUUUUCCAGGAACAAUGCGAGCAAAAACCGCUUUGUGUUAUUACCGUGCUUCCACAUAUUUUAGACUGCCAAGCUGAAUGUAGAAAUAACUAUAUAAAAAUGUUAACAAAACUGGGAGAUAAAUUCAAGAACAAAAUGUGGGGAUGGAUUUGGUCAGAGGCUGGUGUACAGCCUGAAAUGGAGAAUGCUGUCGAUAUUGGAGGCUUUGGAUAUCCUGCAAUGGCUGUUAUAAAUGUAAAAAAAAUGAAGUAUUCAAUACUAAGAGGUUCCUUUUCUGAAAGUGGCAUAUAUGAAUUUUUAAGAGAUCUUUCUUAUGGGAAAGGUAAUACAGCUCCAGUGAAAGGUCAAGCUAUUCCCAAUAUUGUAACGACAGAAUCUUGGGAUGGAAAAGAUGGAGAACUGCCUCCAGAAGAAGACAUAGAUCUUUCAGAUGUAGAUUUAGAUGACAAAGAUGAAUUGUAAAGAAACUUAUAAGACUUAUUAUCUCCCCUCAUAUAACAGCCCUUAAACUUGUUUGUGUAUGAAAUGUUUGUGUAUUAAAUGAAACAAAAAGACUACUUUAAUAUUUUGUAAGAUGUUUCUUUUAGUCAGUAAUAUAAAAUUUGUAAAAUUUAUUUGUUAAUAAACUAUUUUUAAGAAAUC